CCAACACCAUCCCAAACUCAUAUCUCAAGAUGUUACACGUCACCCCUCCGGCAAGGAACAUCCUCGACGCAAUAGGCAAGACCCCCGUCAUCCGCCUGAACCACGUGGCACCCCCCGACAGCGCCGCGAUCUACAUCAAGCUGGAACUCCUGAACCCAACAGGCUCGUACAAGGACCGCAUGGCGCGGUCGAUCAUCGAGGAGGCCGAGCGGCGCGGCACCCUGCGCCCAGGAAUGACCGUCGUCGAAGCCACAGGUGGGAGCACGGGCCCGUCGCUGGCGUUCAUCUGCGCGGCCAAGAAAUAUGCCUUCCGGGUGGUGUCGUCGGACGCGUUCGCGCUGGAGAAUCUGCGCACGAUGGAGGCGCUGGGCGCCAAGCUGGACCUGGUGCCCGGCCCGGCGGGCAUCACGCCGGAUCUGAUCCCGUCGAUGGUCCGCCGCGCGAAAGAAUUGGCGCAGCGGGAGGACUACUACCUUGCGGAUCAGUUUGACAACAAGGAUGCGAGUAUUGGGUAUGAGGGGAUUGGGCAUGAGUUGGUGCAGCAGUUUCCCGGCGGCAUUGAUGCGUUCUGUGGGGCGGUGGGGGGCGCGGGGAUGGUGAUGGGCGUGUCGAGGGUGCUUAAGGCGCAGUGGCCGUCCACGCGGGUCGUGGUGCUGGAGCCGGCGUCCUCGCCGACGAUUACGGCGGGGCGCCCGGGGAAGCACGGCGUCGACGGGAUCGGGAUUGGGUUCGUGCCGCCGCAUUUGGAGCGCGAGUUGUAUGACGAGGCGUGGGCGGUUGAGGAGGAGGAAGCGCGCGCGAUGUGUCGGCGUCUGGCUAGGGAGGAAGGGUUGCUGGUCGGGACGUCGACGGGUCUCAAUGUGGUGGCGGCGAUUGCGUUGGCAAAGCGUCUGGGGCCGGGGAAGACGGUUGUGACGGUUGCGGUGGAUACGGGGCUCAAAUAUAUGAAUGGGAACUUGUUCACUGGUUAG